CUGUUUCGUGAAGUGAGGAUCAUGAAGCUGCUCAAUCACCCAAAUAUCGGUGAGCUUUGUGCUGCCCUCCUUUUAAGAUUAUCGUCAUCCCCAACCAAAUGACAGAAACAUGUUUCUGUGUUUCUCCUGCCUGCUUAUUGAUGGAGGCUUCCUGUGUAGAGGUCUUAGUUCAACUUUAGAAAAUUGACAACUAAGUUGUGAUGGAAGGUGUUGUCUUGAUUGAAUUGAAUGUCUCUCUUGUCUCCUUCUCGUCUUUUCUCUGUAGUAAAGUUAUUUGAAGUUAUUGAGACAGAGAAGACGCUGUACUUGAUCAUGGAGUAUGCCAGUGGAGGUGAGUAAAGGCACACUCAGUUCAACCUGAAAUUCUGUUUUCAGCCUGUAAUAACAUCAAUGCCGAGUCCCAGUUCUGUCUCGCUUUAUUCACAUACGCUCGGUUCCUCACUCAACCUUUUAUCCUCUUUUGUGUUUCUACUGCUUUCUUCAAUACUCCCCUGCUUUCUGCCUCCCCCCUCAACCCCUCUCCUCAGGUGAGGUGUUUGAUUACCUUGUUGCUCACGGGAGAAUGAAAGAGAAAGAGGCCAGAGCCAAAUUUAGACAGGUGAGACACUGUCUGCUGGUUUCAUUUCCUGUUAUUGACAUUACUGUUUAAAAGGGAAUGGUCAACCUAGCUGUUGCUCCUUGUCUUGUUACAGAUAGUGUCAGCGGUACAGUACUGCCACCAGAAGUGCAUCGUACACAGAGACCUAAAGGUGAGGAUAGACAAGAAAUGGGGAAGUGUUUUGAUGUGUGUGUGUGUGAUGUAGAGAAAGAGAUGGAUCCAUUUGUGACAUAUCAAGAUUAUUACAUUAUGAAAUGUAUAAAAACAUUCCUUACCCCCAGGAUACAUCAACUGGUGACUAUCCGGGAGAAUUAAGAAAAAGGAGCACUCUGUUGCUGCGUAAAUCUGAUCUUACGUAAGCCUAUUUGUUUGUUUGUUUGUCCCGUCAAUAAAUCGAUCAGAUUUACGCAGCAACAGAGUGCUCCUUUUUCUUAAUUCUCUUAAUGUUUUUAUGCAUUUCAUAAUGUAAUAAUCUUGAUAUGUCACAAAUGGAUCCAUCUCUUUCUCUACAUUACACACACACACAUCAAAACGGGGCUGAAGUGCGUUUGAGUACACCUUUUUUCCCCCAUUAUGAAUUACAUGUUGGUGUUCUUUAAAUUUUUUUACAGAACUUGUAUCAAUAAUAAAUGCUCUCUUUCUCUCUUCAGGCAGAGAACCUACUCCUAGAUGCUGACAUGAACAUCAAGAUAGCAGACUUUGGUUUCAGUAAUGAGUUCACCAUGGGGAACAAGCUGGACACGUUCUGUGGCUCUCCUCCCUACGCCGCCCCGGAGCUGUUCCAGGGGAAGAAAUAUGACGGGCCCGAGGUGGACGUCUGGAGCCUGGGGGUCAUCCUCUACACACUGGUCAGCGGAUCCCUGCCUUUCGACGGACAGAACCUAAAGGUGGGCAGGGAACUGUGGAAGUGAAGGAGGAAGGGAUACAUGGAAAACAAGUGAUGUUCUUGAAUACCUACCCACACCUCACUUUAAUCCUUGUCUGUUGUGCUUGUCUUCCCUUUAGGAGCUGCGCGAACGGGUUUUGCGGGGGAAGUAUAGGAUUCCCUUCUACAUGUCAACAGACUGCGAGAACCUGCUCAAAAAGUUCCUAAUUCUCAACCCAACCAAGAGGGGCAGCCUGGAGGUUAAUAGUACCUCACCUAGCCACUGCCAUUGCCUCCACUGGAUACAAACAAAAAUUGUGUGGAGACAAUUCUAACAGCUGACUGUUAGUGCUUUGUUUUUUAUCCACCUCCCUUUCCCCAUUAACCCCAAGUCUCCGUCCUCUCUCUGCUUGUGUCCAGCAGCAGAUCAUGAAGGACCGCUGGAUGAAUGUAGGUCAUGAGGAGGAGGAGCUGAAGCCCUUCAUCGAGCCCCAGCCAGACUACAAGGACCCCAAGAGGACAGGUCAGCACCCCGACCGAGCGGGGGGGUGGAAGAGAGGUGGGGCAGGCGUCUGGUGGAUGAGCUGGUGGCAGCAGAGGGGUUACUGGGGAGGGGGUUGGAGGUCACCCUAAUUGGGGGAGGGCCCCUCUAUCUGAAGAUAGUCUUAUUUUACGUGCCAUGUUAGUCUUAGUAUGCCCACCUCUGUGUGUUGCUUAACAUGCCCUUUGCUGUGUUGGCAUGUGCCUACAUGUUUAGUAAAACUAAAUGCUAUACUUUUUGUUAGACUCAAAUUAUAUGCCUGUAUGUUCUAGCUAUUUUGUGUGUGGAAUCAUGUACCUGUGUAUGUGUUUGUUAGUUAGAGAAUUAGGGAUAUGUUGCUCUCUGUAGUAUGCUACACGUGUGUUAAUGGUGUCCUAUGCAUGUGUGUGUAAUGUACUUCUGUCCUUGAUGUGGUUGUAAGGUUGACCUUUUUUCUCCAUUCUGUCUAGAUAUCAUGUUGCAGAUGGGCUACUCUGCAGAGGAGAUCCAGGACUCGCUCGUCAACCAAAAAUACAAUGAAGUCAUGGCCACAUAUCUAUUACUGGAUUAUAGGAACUCGGAGGUACAACGUGUAUACACUCACAUCUGUAGCAGCAAACAGUGUCCUACUCCUGUCAUGGUAAUAUUAUUCACCAUCCCUCCUCUUCCCUCUCAGAUGGAUGAAUGCAUCAGCCUAUCAAUGACACCCCGCCCAGGAAGUGACCUCACAAACAGCAAUUCCCAAUCCCCUUCUCACAAGGUACAGCGCAGUACCUCAUCCAAUCAGAAGCCCCGGAGAGCAACAGAUGCAGGUAGGAAGCUGUUUGGGUUGACGAGGAUACAGCAGAUGUACUACUAUUUUGGACAAAUGCUCUUAUUUUGGUCUGUCUCAACUAUUUAUAUCUCUUUGUAUUGAUCUCAUUCUGUCUGUCUUUGCGUCUCUGUCCCACUCUUUCCGUUCUUCUGUUGUCGCUUUUGUUCUUUUUCCCAGGUUCUUCUGCUUCCAAGCGUUCCCAGGGCGACAACAAGCACACAGCAGAGGAUUAUGGGAGGAAAGGUUCUGGCACUGGCAGCUCCACUAAAGUUCCUCCCAGUCCCUUAGCUACAGCAGAUCGUAAGAGGAGCACCCCAACCCCCUCCACCGUGAGUAGACUUCUUCUUCUACAUUUCUGCCACUCCAGGGUUGAUGGCAUGUACACUACUGUACUCAACAUCAUUUCCUCUAUCGGUCAUACAGAACAGCAUCCUGUCCACUGGUACGAGUCGCAGUCGAAACUCGCCAGUCCCAGAGAGAGCCACACUUGGGGUCCAGAACGGAAUGGACAGGUACACACAAGCACCCCCGCACGUGUGCGCACACAAUAUUCUCACACACACUCUCACUUGGCAGCAGAGCUCUGGUUUUGGGGCUAGUCACGUGUCUAGAUGGCAGUGUUUACAAGCAGUGGCCAGUGGAUUUAACACAGAGCAGCUGGCAGCUGGAUUCCCAGUGUACACACACAGUCACACAUACACAUUCACACGGGAGCAGAGUUUUGAAAUCUUUGAUAAUGGAUUAGUGACACCUGCUAAAAUGUAUGAAAGACUAUGAAUGUACUCAAGACCAGCUUACUCACAAAGUAACACACUGCAUCCGCAAUCAACUGAAACCAUAAUCAUUUCUUGGAACUCUCUCACACACAAAAACAUGGCAAGAUAAGUUUGCUUACGCUGACCCUUGUUUUAUAUUUGACUAUUUUAUGAUAAUUUCCUUCACUGUAAAACGUGAAGGAGUAGAAAGCCAGGUUUAGGUGUAGAAUCUGGGGCCUCAGAAACACAGACACACUUUACAGUAUUCAACAGAUUGACCCUGAUAGUCAGAGCUCACUCCUUAAUCUGGGAUUUAUGAUGCUGGCUGCUUUUAUAUGCAGGUUACUUCCAGGCACAAAAAAGGCAAAAUGCAGAGGGAAAGUGUUUUAAAGAACAUGUUCUGUGUGGGAGAGGGGGAGCAGCGUUGCCAACAGCAUGUGACUCAGACAUGUUUGCUUGAAAGAGAUGAUGCGAGGACAAACUGACGGUGUGUGGUCAGCACUAGCCCUGCUACACAACUAUUGGUUGAACACACUAGCACACAUUCUCCUUACUGACAAAACUGCCCUUUCACACAAUGUUAUGUCAAAUAUGCCUUUUUCAUUUAGUAGGGGGUUAUAACUUUUCACAUUUUCCCCAUUUUAAUGCAUUUGAUUCCUUUAUGCAUUUUUAAGCCACUUUUUCUUUCCUCAAACUUCUUCUGUUCUGACAGUUUCUCUCUCCAUUUCCAUCUAUUCCUUGGGGUGCAAUGCUUCCCAGAAAUAAUGCAGUCUUUCUUUAAGCUCCCCAAAUGAAAGCUGUUAUGUAUAGUCAUCCAAUACAAAUUGGCAUUAUUUGAGAUACUGUGUUGUCUGUGUUGAUGUUUUCCUCCCUCCUCAGUGUCCCCUGCUUCCUCCCCAGUUCUAACCUUGAUUACCCCAUGACCCUCUUCCACCCCUCACGGGGGACGGUCGGCACGGGGUAUAUUCAUUUCUCUCCCCCAGCCUGACCACCCCAGGGUCCCGCGCCUCCACAGCCUCGGCAGCCGCCGUCCUUUCUUCCUCCUCCCGCCCCCGACACCACAAGUCCCUGUCCACCUCUGCACACCCUACCCCCUCAGACAUCCAAGCACACCGGCCCAGGCAAGUGUCACCAGAGAGGGGAACACAAGGACAGCCACUCGUCAGCAGAGAGAGUAGAGUGGAUGUGAAAGGGUUUGGGUUAGAUGGUCCCUGGUGGCAGUUCUCAGCAUUGGGUAUUCAACAUCGACAAAAUAGGUAGAGAAAGAUCAGAUGUAGGGAUUAAAAGGGUAGCAAUAUUGCUGGAAGGGCAACAUCGAAACACCCCACUUUUCUCUAUCUGCCACUUUUCCCCACCCCCUGAAACUCACCCUACAAGCACCCCACCUCUUUGCGAAAUACCUUUCUCCCCAACACCACUGUCCUUAUCCAACCAGUCCUACCGCUAAUAUUGCACUAGAAAGCCAGAACCUGCCAACCUGUGGUUCAUGUGUUCCUGUAAACCAUCAGUUACACAUCAAACACCAUCACACUUUGAACAUGGCUUGGCGGUGCCAUUAUGUUUUUGCCUGAGCCGGAAGGAACUCUCUCAGCUCCUAGCUGGUGUGCAUUGCUGUCAUGUAAUCCCUUGUAAUACCUCCUGCAACUCCCUGUCCAUACAAAAUCUGACAUCUCAUGGGCCAUGCACAUUGUAAAAAAGAAAGAGUCCUAGUGAACGUGCUAUAAUGCUGGGACGUCAUUCACUUAUCAAUUGGUUAACAUGUAAAUCCACUAUCACUAAAUAGUUUCGCUAUAACCUCUGCCACUAUGACAAUGUGUGGUCCAGGACAUAAUCAACAGGAUCACAGCUCCAUGCCCCUUCCCCAACCUUUCCUUUCCUUCUUUGUAGUGAUGCUGCAUUCGUUGUUACCCUGUUAGCUGAUCUUACUGUGCCCUGCUGAUUAUGUGAUUAAUGCAGUGUGCCUACGAUUUAACACUCCACAAGGCUUCACUGGCCUCACAUUCCAAGUCUUUAGUUUAUACCUGCUGCCCAUGGUGGGUCACAAGGCUGUAAUCGUUUUCUUGGCAAUAUGUUCUACUAGGCUUCAUCUUUCAAGAUUAAAGUCAAUCAUGGUGGAUUUUGCUGAGUGGAUGGCACGGUUAGGGUGCAUGUUGUAGCCUAAUAGAAGGAACUACAUUUUUGUACACAUUCCGUUUGCAAACUGCUUAAUCAGUCUUGCUUACAACUGUGGCAUUUGUAUAGACAUUAUAUGCUUUUCAUUCACUGAACUUUUGUUUCACUAUCUGAAGCUCCGUUGUGUUUUUAUCAUACAUUCUUUGUGGGAAAUAGCUUCAGCAGUUGGGGAAACACGUUGAUGUGCUGGUGAUAAUGAAAUCUAUAAAUGACUCUCCUCUGCCUACUCAUUCUACUUACAAAACUAUCAAAACAGCACUGCCCCUCUGAGAGUACCAGUGGCGUCUCCCUCUGCCCACAACAUCAGCAGUUCCACGGUGACGGACCGAUCCAACUUCCCCAGAAAUGUGGCCACCAGAAGCACUUUCAGUGCCGGGCAGCAGAGGGCGACACGGGACCAGCAUGCCUCCACCUACAAUGGUCCCCCAGCAUCCCCCUCCCUUUCCUAUGGGAACAGCCAGGCUCGAAGAGUGGGGGGCACUGGUAUCUUCAGCAAGUUCACAUCUAAAUUUGUGCGCAGGUGAGAGAAUGGGGGAAUGGGGAUCUGCUAUGAUGGGAAAGAUGCUCUUAGUGUUGAAUCCAAUGAUGUGAUUUUCUGUUAUGCUGAUCACAUCCUGGUGUUAAACGUCUUGCCUUAAGUGAAUGAGAGUGAGAAUUACAGUGAGGUAUUCAUGUUUGUGCAUUGUGAUUUUUGGACUUCGUUCUUAACUUUUGUGUGUCCCUGUGAUGUUUAAAAACAAAUCUGGCCAUAAUGUUCUUGUGCUCACAAUACGCUUGACUACAAGUGCUCCCCUCUUUUAGGUUGAGUUGGUUUGGAGCUGUGCAUAUUUCUGUGCUGGUGGUCAGUUGCCACACAUGUAGUUGGAGCAGCUAGGGAAGUUACUCUGUGUGGAAAUACCUUCAAAUACAAAUCAGAGUAUCUUGCUGUAGUUUAAUUGUUUUAUUGAUGAAUUGUACAUCACGAAUUAAGGCAUUAUACACACUGUACAAAACAUUAAGAACACCUUCCUAAUAUUGAGUUGAACCCCCCCUUUGCCCUCAGAACAGCCUCAAUUAGUUAGGGCAUGGACUCUACAAGGUGUCGAAAGCGUUCCACAGGGAUGCUGGCCCAUGUUGACUCCAGCGUUUCACAGUUGUCAAGUUGGCUGGAUGUCCUUUGGGUGGUGGACCAUUCUUGAUAAACACGGGAAACUGUUGAUUAUGAAAAACCCAGCAGCGUUUCAGUUCUUGACACAAACCGGUGCGCCUGGCACUUACUACCAUACCCUGUUCAAAGGCGCUUAAAUUUUUUGUCUUGCCCAUUCACCCUCUGAAUGGCACACAUACACAAUCCAGGUCUCAAUUGUCUCAAGGCUUGAAAAUCCUUAUUGAACCCAUCUCCUCCCCUUUAUCGACACUGAUUUGAAGUGGAUUUAACAAGUGACAUCAAUAAGGAAUCAUAGCUUUCACCUGGUAAGUCUGUCAUGGAAAGAGUAGGUGUUCUUACUGUUUUGUACACAGUGUAACUAUAUCAUAAUUGGCAUGCGUGUCUCCCUUCCAGUGCUAACGUUAGUCCUAAUCCGAGUCCAUUGUUCAUGUAACAGCUCUGCCCUUAACAUCCUGAAUAAUAUGGUAACGUCAGGCUACAUUAACAGCCAUUUAGUGACAACCUGUUUGGCUUAAGCAGCUCACCUCCUGAGGGACACCAGGGGAGUAUUAAUCUCUUUCAGUUGACUGACAUGCACAUGACAUGUAUAACAGAUCUGCUGUGGUUUGUUUUGCGCACGUUUGUGUACAUACAAUUGUCUUUUUCUUCCCCCCUCCCCUUUUUUGUAGAAAUCUCUCAUUCAGAUUCCCCAGAAGGUAGGCAAAAAUAACCACACCCUUGAGUUUUUCUCAAAACUAUUACCCGGUGUCAUCUCUCUCUGUGAGGCUAUUUUAUGUAUCAUGACCAUUUUUUAAAUACAGAUUUAUUUUUGUAACGAUUAGCCAUUUAUACUAACUCGCCCUGCACUCUCCAUCGCCUGAUACACCAUCGUCUGCUGCUCUCUUCAUCCCUUUCUGCUUUCCCUCAUCCCCAUUGACUUUUGUCUCCGUCAGUGUUAAGUGUUGCCCUGUGGGUCCUUGGCCAAGUGAAUAGAAAACCCCCAGUCUGUGAUCAUGCCAUGCUACCCAGUGUGCAUAAAGCUUAGAAUACAGAGAAAUGGUGAUUGUUGAGAAGAACCCGUAUUCUUCUGGAUUUGUACACACUCUUUACUGCUAGUGUCACCUACCCGUAUUGUGGGAAGGCUUUCAAAAUUACAUGCUCAGACAGGAGUAGGAAUUAUUUCUGUUGAUUUUGAAAAUGUAAUGUCACUGUUAUUUUGGGGGGGACAUCUCCUACCUUUCUUUUGUCUGAUACCAGGCCUGGCCUGAAGUUUGCACUAAACAACCUCAUAUUUCAGCAACGUCCUGCUGUUUAUUUUUCUUAAAACUUGGCUUAUUUUAGUUUUUCUAUUUCGAAUGAGUUCCCUGAAGAGUCAUUAGAGACGUAUAUUUAUUGGCUCUAAUAUGAUAUUCUCAGCAACAACUCAAAAAUGAGUGAUGAAGAUUGAAUGUUUUGACGUUUACAAAAACUUGCAUCAAGGGGUGCAUGUAUUUGAAGUCAUAUAAUUGUGGUGGGCACAGACUUAAGGAUGUUGGGCACCUUGGGAAACUGAGAACAGGUCCGCAGAAUGCCUGCAUAUGCAUCUGACCGAUGCUGUUUAUUCCUUUAUUCUUAUUGAUGCCUUGCUGUGGGAGUUUGAGGAGAGGGGUUAUUGGAUGGUGGUGAUGGGACGUAUUAACAUAACAAAGAUGUGAUCUCUGACUGUUCAUUCCAGUUACAACAGUAAAAAAUACAACAGUAUCCAUGGAUUGUGUGAUUCCACUUUGGGGUUGGGGGGUGAUAAUCAUUUAGUAGCGAUACCUAGUUUUCUCAUAUAGCUCCCUAAAAUGUAGGAGAGCUCACAUUAAUUAAAUCUAUGGAUACAUACAGUAUAAUUUCUAAAAAGAAAUACUAUAGAAUCUGGAAUUGGAAGGUGCAGGGGUUGCAAUGGGAGUUGAUGGUGUUUGUUCUAACCUGGUAAUAAAGUCGAAUUGGAAUUUGGGGAGACUAAACUUGUGCCGAUUUUCUUUGAGGAGCCCGUAUGAGGGAGAGGGUCGAGAUGAGGCCAGCAGGUGAGGACUACGAUAGUGACAAUUUGAUCAAUCUGUUGAUUCAGUGAAAAAAUGUCAAUCAAAUAAUCAUUAGAUGAAUUGAUUUAGGUGGUGUAAAGAAUAGCAUGCUGAUAUAUAUGAUCAGUAAAGCUCCUUCGGUUUUGACAAUGUAAGCAUUGAUCUUUUAAUAACAGAAAGAGACGCAUGUAUUCUGCUGCUCAGUGAAGCAUCCAUGUAAAUGCACAGCUUAAAUGUUUCAUGCUCAUGCUGUCAUUGGUUCCCCCUGUGAUUGAAUGCAUUGUUAACCAGCCCGUAACAUUGCUGUGUUGUCUGUUUCCCCAUUCUUUCUGUCCUUGCCUUUUAUGAUAUUACUCUCCUUUCCUACUUUCUUUCCCAACUCAGACCCAUGUUGACCACUGCUGAGAAGCUAGAGAAGGGCACCCUGGGCUCUGCAGGAGAUGAGAAGAAGGACUCCCUGUCCUCCACCUCUACAGUGCCCAGCACCACGACCCCAGGCCUGACCUCCAAGGACAACAAGCCCCGCUCACUGCGCUUCACCUGGAGCAUGAAGACCACCUCCUCCAUGGAGCCCAACGAGAUGAUGAAGGAGAUCCGGAAGGUUCUGGACUCCAACAGCUGCCAGUAUGAGCUGCGAGAGCGCUACAUGCUGCUGUGUGUGUCUGGGACUCCCGCCCGUGACGACUUUGUCGAGUGGGAGAUGGAGGUGUGCAAGCUGCCCCGCCUCUCCCUUAACGGGGUUCGCUUUAAGCGCAUUUCUGGCACAUCCAUUGCCUUCAAGAACAUUGCCUCCAAGGUUGCCAAUGAGCUCAAACUGUGA